AACCGGCCAGGCACACUAUAAAUUCACCCUACCCUUCAUGUGAACUGCAGAAACCUUGGAGACACCUGGAGCAGCAGUGUUUCUUCCUGUACAGAACAAGCUUCAGAACAAUGGAUGCUUUAAAUAAAGCAAACACAAGCUUUGCUCUUGACUUUUUCAAACAGCAGUGUCAGGAAGAUGGUGACGAGAAUAUUUUGUUCUCCCCUUUAAGUAUUUCAUCUGCCCUGGCUAUGGUUUAUUUGGGAGCCAGAGGUAACACUGCAGAUCAAAUGGCAAAGGUACUUCACUUUAACAAAGUUGAAGGAGCCAAAAACGUCACCACAACCAUAAGAAUGCGAGUCUAUUCUAGAACAGAAGACAGUCUAUCAAAUCGAUGUGCAUGUUUCCAGAAGAAAGAAAUUGGCAAAUCAGAUAAUAUCCAUACUGGAUUUAAAGCACUAAACUUUGAAAUCAAUCAACCUACUGAAAAUUACCUGCUUAAAAGUGUCAACCAGUUAUAUGGAGAAAAAUCAUUGCCUUUCAGUAAGGAAUACUUACACUUGGCCAAGAAAUAUUACAAUGCAGAGCCACAAUCAGUUGACUUUGUGGGAGCAGCAGAUGAAAUCAGAAGAGAGAUCAAUUCCAAUGUUGAACAACAGACUGAAGGUAAAAUCCAAAAUCUUCUGCCUCCUGGAUCCAUAGAUUCACUCAGCAGGCUAGUCCUGAUAAAUGCACUCUACUUCAAAGGAAAUUGGGCAACAAAGUUUGAAGCUGAAGCUACCAGGCAAAGGCCUUUCAGAAUAAACACGCAUACAACUAAACCAGUGCCGAUGAUGCACCUGAGUGACAAAUUUAACUUAAGCUACGUAGAAUCAGUCCAGGCUGAUGUUCUUGAGCUUCCAUACGUCAAUAAUGACCUCAGCAUGUUUAUCCUGCUACCAAGUGACCUCACCGGCUUACAAAAGCUGGAAAGAGAAUUGACUUUUGAAAACUUGUCUUCAUGGACCAACCCAGAACUAAUGGAGAAAAUGAAAAUGGAGGUUUAUCUGCCAAGGUUUACAUUGGAAGAGAAAUAUGACCUCAAAUCUACUUUGAGCAGGAUGGGGAUACAAGAUGCCUUCACGGAAGGCCAAGCUGAUUUCACAGGAAUGUCAAAGGACGGUGAUUUGUUUUUGUCACAAGUUUUUCACAAGUGUUACCUGGAAGUCAAUGAAGAAGGCACAGAGGCAGCAGCUGCCAGUUCAGCAGCACUGGCAUCACGAAGUCUUGGUGCUACUGUUAUUUUUGUGGCAGAUCACCCUUUCCUCUUCUUUAUCAGGCACAACAAGACCAAGACUAUCCUCUUCUUGGGAAGAUUCUCUUCCCCCUAGAAACUCAACAAUUACUAAACAGGUUAUUGCAACA